UGGCGAGGCAGGCGCUUGGGUUUGUUUGACGCCAAGUAAAUAAAUGCUCGGCAAGCAAUAGAAAGUGUACACAAGACGCAGAUGACGCUGUCUCUGCCAUCAUCAUCAUCCCGACCACGAAUAAACAAGUACAAGCCAUCAAUCUCGACCACCACGAUCAAUAACCACGAAUUAUCGCGAAGAUUACUAACCACCAGUCAUCACUACCACUAACCACCAGGAACCACCACUAACCAAUCAUCACCAUUAACCACCAAUACUUAUCAGCACUAACCAGCAAUCAUUACUACUAACCACCAGUCACAUUAACCACCAAUCACAUUAACCAACACUAAUCAUCAGCACUAACCAGAAAUCGUCACCACUAACCGCCAAUCAUUACCACCAAUUAGCAGUACUAACCAAUCAUUACUACUCGCCACCAAUAAUCAUCAACACUAACCAGCAACCAUUACCACUAACCACCAAUCAUUACCACUAACCACCAAUAACUAUCAGAACUUACCACCAAUCAUCAGCACUGACCACCAAUAACCAUCAGCACUGACCACCAAUAACCAUCAGCACUGACCACCAAUCAUCAGAAAUGACCACCAAUCAUCAGCAAUGACCACCAAUAACCAUCAGCACUGACCACCAAUCAUCAGAAAUGACCACCAAUCAUCAGCACUGACCACCAAUCAUCAGCAAUGACCAGCAAUCAUAACCACCACUGACCACCACCAAUCACCACCACCGCCACCACCACCACCACCGACCACCCCCUGGUUAAAGUCCUCCCGGCUGGCCGCCCCUCGUGUCGUCAGCGCACAGGAAGGAGGAGGAGGAGGGGCGCUACAAGACGCGCCUCGCACUGCCCAGCAACGGCAUCUGCGGCGUGAGCGCGCGGGCGGAGCCGAGACUGCAAGCGUGCAGCAAGCAGCAGCAGCAUCAGCUGACUGUCAGGGCUUAAACAAACGAGUGGCCCCCUCGCCUCGUCCAAACGAAUCGUCGUCUCUCCGCUGCUUCGUCUCCCCCGCGCGUGAAGGAAGCCGGCACGGCCAUGGAGCUUAUGGACGUCGGCGGGACCGAUCGCAUGCUCUGGGAGCCCAGCAUCGCCGACUUUGGGGAUGACGCCGACUUCAUGGGGAGCGUCCACCUGUCGGAGAAUCUGGAGGAGUUCUCCCAGGACCUCUUCAACACGCUGUUCGAGGACCCUCUGCUGGUGGACAAGAGCAUUCUGAUGGAGGUGGACCUCACCCCGGCUCAACCUCACAUCCAGGCAGAGCACAGCUACUCUACCCCGCAGUCUCCGCUCGCUCCACUCAAGCUCGACGACUUUGACCAGGACCUGGAGGACGGCGUGUGGGCCCUGGGAGCGGAGCACGCUCGCGCCGCCAUCUUCAAGCCGGAGCCGUUGCUGCCGUCCGACAGCAUCGAGUUCGACGCCCCCACCGCCACCGCCACCACCGCCGCCGCCCUCCCGGACUUCACCGCCACCUCCGCCAGCACGCAGAUGCUCGCCACGCCGGCGCUGCUCCCCCAAGCCGGGCCGUUCAACCAGAGCUGCAAGAAUGUCGUCGGUGGCGGCAACAACAACAACAACAAUGGCGGCACAAUGGCCGCCCAGCACACGAGCGGCGGCGCAGUCCCCGGCACCAGCGCGGGCUGCGGCGCCGGCCACAGCAACGGCGGCAUCGGCAACAACGGCAACCGAAUCGGAUCGCCCAUCCCCACCAACGUGACGCAGAUCAAGCCGUGCCCGCCCAAAGUGUUGCCAAAGAUCAAGAUUGAGCCAAAUGACGUGGAGCAGUUCCUCAGCGCCAGUGCAGCAGCGCUGGACAGGGUUCACCUCCCGCCCACGCCCCCCAGCAGCCACGGCAGCGACAGUGAGGGCUCGCUGAGCCCCCGCUCGCUGCCCCCGUCCAGCCCCGUGCGGGGGGGACAGCCGGGACUGAAGGUGCCGGCACGGGGUCCCUCCUCCGCCCUCUCCAACACGACGCUGCUCACCGCUCCCCAUAAGCUGCAGGGAGCGGCGGGUCCCCUGAUGCUGACGGAGGAGGAGAAGAGGACCCUGAUCACGGAGGGGUACCCCGUCCCCACCAAGCUGCCCCUCACCAAGGCCGAGGAGAAGGCCCUCAAGAAAAUCAGACGGAAAAUCAAAAACAAGAUUUCAGCACAAGAAAGCCGAAGGAAAAAGAAAGAGUACGUGGAGUGUUUAGAGAAAAAAGUGGAGAACUGCGCGUCGGAAAACAGCGAGCUGAGAAAAAAAGUGGAGACGCUUGAGACUGCAAACAGGUCGCUGCUGCAGCAGCUGCAGAGGCUCCAGACGCUCGUCGCGUCCAAGGUUCCGAGGCCCGGCAAGGUGGCGACGACCCAGACCAGCACGUGCCUCAUGGUCGUGGCUUUGUGCUUCGCGUUGGUGCUGGGCGGCCUCACCCCCAGCUUGAGCCCCCUCACCCCCUCCUCGCUCGCCCCCUCCUCGCUCGCCCCCUCGUCCGGCCACUCGGAGGAGGUGGCGCUGACGGGCAAGGAUGCGUACACGACCACGCGCAUGCGUUCCCGGAGCCUCCUCUUCUACGAGGAUGGGCCCUCGCUGGAGGACGCGUCCGUGGUGUGGCCGCAUGAGCGGGAGGAGAGGCUGUACGACGACGGCGCCGCCGCCGCCGGGAUGCCCGCCGCCCCGCCGGUGCCCAGGCCCUGGAGGCACGGGGCCGGCGAGCGGCACCCGGAGCCGGGGAGCGACGCCGUCCGCGACGGGGACGGCAACGGCACCUACAACAAAAUCACCGUGCCUCACCGGGAGGCGCUGAGGCCUGGCUCGAGCGUGACGGCCGAGCUGGCGCGCGACCCAACGGUGAACGCCACGGCGUGAUGACAACGACGACGACGACGACAAACGCAGGACCCUCGACUAACCCGAACGCAAGAUUAAAGAAGAAAAAACGGCUUGGAGAAAUAAAAUACUAUUGUUGUGAACCAUUGUACAUAUUUUAAAAAAAACGUCUAUUUCAACUUUAUGAGCAGCCUUAAUGUAUUUUUUGGACAAAUAUUACAAAAAAAAUAAAAAUAUAUAAAACUAUUAUACAAAAAAAAUAUUAAAUUUAUAUUUAGAACUAUUUUGUAGCGUAGCGCUAGACGUGGCCUUAGGUUAGAUGAAAACAGAUGUAAUAUAAACUAUUUUUUUCUAAGAGACUAGGCAACAAAACCCGUACACGUAUAUAAAAAAAAAAUCUGUAACAAUAAAUGUCGUCUAAAUGCAGACCGUGAAUCGCUGUGGGCUCGAGGCUCGUCUGUGUGCGGUCGUGAACGGCGACGACCCCGAUGUGUCGGCGUGUCGCGAGUCGUCCGAUGGACGUUCGGCGCAAAUCGAGGGAAACUUCAGAGACAUUCCGCUCUUCAGCUUCGCCGCCGCUGCGCUGCGCGCUGCGCUGCGUACGUCCGCUCUCUCGCUUGUCGUGUGCGCGUGUAGGGGAGCGGUAGUGCAGCGGUUAGCGCUACGCUGCGCUACGCUGCGCUACGAACCCGGCGACCCGAGUUCGAUUCCCGUUCACGGCCAACACUGGUGACGAUUAUCUGAACGGGUCCGGGGCCUCCCCUAGGUCGACUCAGCCUCAAAUGAAUACCUGGUGCGGUGUGUAAAAACAUCGCUACUGGGGAGACAAAGGCGGUCGGGCGUGGUGCUGGCCACCCAUCCCCUCGUGUGCCGUGCUGGCCUUCAUAGGUGCUCGCUAACAGCACUUGCCCCAACAGCCUGUUAAAGCGAUACAGGCGAUCUUUGUUUUGUUUGUGUGUGCGUACGUCCGUGUAUGUGUGUGUGUGUAUAUGCGUGCAUUCUGCUUCGAAACCCCCAGUCGUGGUGCCCCCCCUAACACCCCCACCCCCCCCCCGCGCGGCCCGUUUUCUUUCCGGAUCGCACUGCCCCCCCACCCACGACGCUGUCAUCGCCGACAGGUUAAAGAGGCUGCUGCAGCCACCUCGCGCUCGCCAUCCACAUGCCCCAGAUCUACCACGAGCUUUGUUGACAAAUGUGUGCCCAGUUAUGUUUUGUAUUUUGUGCCUAACCACCACAUUAUUCAACCAGACAAUAGCAGUGACCUUGGCCACAGUUUCCAUCCAGACACUACCCUGCCACUGACUCUAACCACACCAGGCAGCCAAGACACUACCCCUGCCAUUAACGCUAACCACACAAGACAACCAUACCCUAGCCCUUUCUCUAACCAGACAGCCAGACUCUCGCCCUGCCGCUAACUAUACGAAUCAGACACUAACCCUAACCACACCAUUCAAUCAGACGCUAUCCUUUCCCUGGUUCUAACCAAACCAGACGCAAACACGUGCACCUGCCCAGGUCUAUCCCGAACAUUGAUUCCACCUCUGCCACUUUGCCCAGCCUCCGCCUCCUUCAUCCACUUGAUACGCCUUUCAUGUUAGUGUUUACGGUACGGUGCCUUGUGAUGCAAAAACCCCGCGAAGCCUCCGGAGGGUAGUUAGUGCUGCAGUGCGUUUAGUUUGUGGUUGUACGCGUGUAGUGGUGCGUGUACGCGUGCGUGCGUGCGUGUUCGCACGGACGUACCCACAUCGCUUCUUUCAAUGGGCAGGACAAAAAACAAAUAUUCUUCGGCUCGUCGCAUGUAAAUAAUCGCACAGUUGUAACGCUUCCGAUGGGAAACAUUUUAUCCAAUUGUUGUUUAUAAAAGCCUGUGUAGUGCGCGAUUAUUAUUAUUAUUAUCAUCAAUAUCAAUAUUCUGUCUGAAAAAUGCAAAUGACUCUUUUCAAUGUAUGUCUCCAAAUAAAGGCAGGGUUUAGCAGCAUAUGA